GCAAUCUGUGUUGUUCGUGUAAUAUAAUGAAUCCGUAAUCUUCCCUGAAGCCGAUCUCACAUACCAUCGUCGCAAGAAAUGAUUCGCCCGGAGGUGGUCAAGCAGCUGACAUGCCCCUCGUUCGGUCUGGCCACAUCGUGGAUCAUCUCACGCCAGGGGCGACCGGCCGAAUCGCUGGACGAAAUCAGGCGCGAUUUUCGCCGUGAGCUGUGGCCAUUUGCCAAAGUGGAAUCCCGGAAGGAUAAUGCGAAAGCCAAAAAACUGCGCGAGCAAGCCAACGAAUGCUACCGGAAGGAACCACGGGAAAUCGAGAAAGUGCUUCGAUUGUACAAUGAGGCUAUUUGUUGGGCGGCUGUUGGAUCGGUGGAGGAGAGUCUGGGUUACGGAAAUCGAUCGGCGGUUUACUUCAAUCAGAAGAGGUACGGACUGUGUUUGAGGAAUGUUGAGCGGGCCAAGGGAAGUGGAUAUCCGGAGGAGAAGCUAGACAAGCUGCUGGAACGGGAAAGGAAAUGUUUGAAAGCGCUAGAGGAAACGGUCGGGGAUGAAAAUAGGAACGAGGUGGAUUUGGUCAAUGAGCUUGAGCUAAGAGCAAACUUGGAACUGGUCGAAACGGCGCAAUGCGGGAGGAGUCUUACGAGCAAGAAGGAAUUGAAGGUGGGGCAAAUUGCCUUGAUGGAGAAUCCAUUUUUGGUGGUACUGGAACCGGAAGCGGUCUAUUGCAGAUGCAAUCACUGCGGUAGGAAGAACGAACUGGAUUUGAUUCCUUGUCGAGACUGUGUGUCAGCAAUGUACUGUUCGGAUCAGUGUCGCGAUGAAGCGCACGACAGGUAUCACAAAUUUGAAUGUGAGAUCGUGGAAGAUCUGAAGAGUCUGUUCCGGGGACCCAAACCGACACGAAUGUUCCAGCUGGCGUUGAGAUUGUUUUGGAUGGCGAUGGCAAGUAUGAUCGAAGACCGGGAGAAGUUCCUGAAGGGGUACUCGGUGCAGCUAAAGACGUUCCGGAAUCCUCUGGAAGUGGUGGGUUUGAAGCAGAAGCUUCAUCUGCACGUUCUGGCGAAUGGUGAACCGAAUGUGAGUCCCGAUCACACAGGAAAAGGGGUGACACAGUUCUUGACGGUGUUGGUGUUCAAGGUAGCCGUGGAGGAGAAUGGAUCCGUUCAGGAAAAUUUUCGAAGCGAAAAUGAGGGUCUAUUGUUGGAGGUUUUGUACAAAUUGGUUCUCCUUGCGAAGGGCGUCUGCGAUCAGAGUGUGGACGAUUUAACUUGCGUCUAUCCGUUGCUACAGAUGGUGAAUCACUCGUGUGCUCCCAAUGCUGAGCGGUUUGUGAGUGGGACGAGGUCGAUGUUGGUGGUUAAGCGACCGAUUAAGGAAGGAGAGCAAAUCUUGAUGUGCUACUUUCCCAACGGAAGCACCGACUACAAGGACAAGAUCAAGCGGAAGACGAUGCUGCUGAAGGAGUUUGAAUUUGACUGUCAGUGUUUGGGCUGCUCUCUGGAUUAUCCUCUGCUGAGUGCGAUUGAAGAAAAUGCUGAAUUGAGGGGUGAAUUGGAGACGCUGAAGUAUAAGAGUGGCGAUGAGCGAUUGCAACUAUUGGAAGACUUUCUGCAGCGGAACGAUGAUAAGUAUCCGCAGAAGGAGAUAGUCGAAGCGUGGAGUUUGUACAAGCAGGAGAGAUCGAAGCGUUUCUAAUUUAAGAUUUUGAACUUUUGCUUAUUAA